AUGGCCGCUAUGGUCCCAACCAUGAUCGGGCUCAACCAAGCCAGUCAAAACAUGCGCGACAGCGAAGAUAGCCGGAAAGAAUCCAGUCGGAAACAACGCUGCCAUCUGUUAGUGAACUGCUCCGUGAGUCAGGGCACGACGGCACAGCGCGAACAAAUUCAUAAUGCGAUGGUGUAUGUGGGUCCUGAGAACCGACUCUACAUAACCAAAAACCCCAACCCUGAAACAAUGACCCCCUUCAACGGGGGUUUCUUCACACAUCCGCAAUUCCCACCGGAUAACACAGCCGGCCUCGUCACCAUCACAGGGGAAACGCCGCCCACGUUACGCUGGGUCUUCCUCGACGUCACCACGCACGAGGUGCGCUGGGGUGGGCGGGCCGAGAGCGAGGGCCAGGUGUGUGGGCCCUUUGACUGGACGAAGGACGAAUCCCGGAUUACGCUGGAGGGGUGGGAGGGGUGGUUGGCAGUAAGGUUUCCGGGAGUGGAUGAGGAGGGGGUUUGGAGGUUGUGGUUUGAUCGGGAUGAUGAUGGGGCUGGAUUGAAGGACUUGGAUUCAUUAUAA